GAGAGCGGAGCCGCGGCUGGGCGCGCAAGGUGGGGAGGUGCGGAGCUGGGCGUGGAAAGGCGGGGCGCGAGCGGGGGGCACCCCUCCCUCUCGCCCUCCUUGCGGUCUACCGGUCUGCCUGCCCAGCCAGAUCCGCCACCGAGCCAGGAUCGAAGGCGACAGUGCAGCCAAGGGGGUGCGGCCGCGACGGCUGUGGGGCAGGGUGUCCGGGGAGGGGGCGCGGUGACCCAACGCAGGACUGGCGGGAGAAUAGAUCGGCGGAUCUCGGAGGGGAAUCUGAGAGCGCAGACCUUGAGCAGACGUGAAACCGACCAGGGCUGGGAGCCAGAAACUAUCAGCGUUACGGGGCUUAACGACGCGGCGGGCCAGAGUGUUUUCCAGUGGUGGCGAGAGCAGGUGAACAGGUCCUCACUCCCGCUCCACGUCCUCACGCUCUCUCGCCCCGGCUCCGCUCCGGCUCCCAGCCAUGGGCUCCAGUCCCCGCCGCACCACCCGCGUCCUGCGGGCGCUGCUCUGCGCGCUCGCCUUGACGGUGGCCCCUGGCGGUCACUUCGCCUUCGCCUUCAACCUGGACACCCGAUUCCUGGUGGUGAAGGAGGCCGGGAACCCGGGCAGCCUCUUCGGCUACUCGGUCGCCCUCCAUCGGCAGACGGAGCAGAAGCUGCGCUACCUGCUCCUGGUUGGUGCCCCCCGGGACCUCGCCGUGCCUGAUGGCUACACCAACCGGACUGGUGCCGUGUACCUGUGCCCACUCACUGCCCACAAGGACGACUGUGAGAGGAUGGACAUCACGGAGAAAAGUGACCCUGACCAUCACAUAAUUGAGGACAUGUGGCUUGGGGUGACUGUGGCCAGCCAGGGCCCUGCAGGCAGAGUCCUGGUCUGCGCCCACCGCUACACCCAGGUGCUGUGGUCGGGGUCGGAGGACCAGCGGCGCAUGGUGGGCAAGUGCUACGUGCGGGGCAAUGACCUGGAGCUGGACGCCACGGACGACUGGCAGAGCUACCACAACGAGAUGUGCAACAGCAACACCGACUACCUGGAGACCGGCAUGUGCCAGCUGGGCACCAGCGGCGGCUUCACGCAGAACACUGUGUACUUCGGCGCUCCCGGGGCCUACAACUGGAAAGGAAACAGCUACAUGAUUCAGCGGAAGGACUGGGAUUUAUCCGAAUACAGUUACAAGGACCCUGAGGACCAAGGAAACCGCUAUAUUGGCUACACGGUGCAGGUGGGAAGCGCCAUCCUGCACCCUACAGACAUCACCAUUGUGACGGGUGCCCCGCGGCACCAGCAUAUGGGUGCAGUCUUCUUGCUGAGCCAGGACGUAGGCGGAGACCUGCGGAGGAGGCAGGUGCUGGAGGGCACACAGGUGGGCGCCUAUUUUGGCAGCGCCAUUGCCCUGGCAGACCUGAACAAUGAUGGGUGGCAGGACCUCCUGGUGGGUGCCCCCUACUACUUUGAGCGGAAGAAGGAGGUGGGGGGCGCCGUCUACGUCUUCAUGAACCAGGCAGGCACCUCCUUUCCUGCCCACCCCAACCUCCUUCUUCACGGCCCCAGUCGCUCCGCCUUUGGCUUCUCCGUGGCCAGCAUUGGUGACAUCAACCAGGAUGGAUUCCAGGACGUCGCUGUGGGAGCCCCAUUUGAGGGCUUGGGCACAGUGUACAUCUACCACAGCAGCUCCAGGGGUCUCCUGCGACAGCCCCAGCAGGUAAUCCACGGGGAGGACCUGAGACUACCUGGCUUAGCCUCCUUUGGCUACUCCCUGAGCGGAAAGAUGGAUGUGGACGAGAACUUCUACCCAGACCUGCUAGUAGGGAGCCUGUCAGACCGCAUCGUGCUGCUGCGGGCCAGGCCUGUCAUCAACAUCCUGCACAGGACCUUGGAGGCCAGGCCGUCUGUGCUGGACCCUGCGCUCUGCACGGCCACCUCCUGUGUGCAGGUGGAGCUGUGCUUUGCUUACAAACAGAGUGCCGGGAACCCCAGCUACAGACGAAACAUCACCCUGGCUUACACUCUGGAGGCCGACCGGGACCGCCGCCCACCCCGGCUUCGCUUUGUGCAGAGCCAGUCGGCUGUUUUCCACGGCUUCUUCUCCAUGCCUGAGAUGCGCUGCCAGAAGCUAGAGCUGCUCCUGAUGGACAACAUCCGCGACAAACUCCAUCCCAUCAUUAUCUCCAUGAACUACUCUUUACCUCUGCAUUUGCCGGAGCGCCCCCGGCUGGGGCCGCGGUCCCUGGACGCCUACCCAGUCCUCAACCAGGCACAGGCUCUGGAGAACCACACCGAGGUCCAGUUUCAGAAGGAGUGCGGGCAGGACAACAAGUGCGACAGCAACUUGCAGAUGCAGGCGGCCUUCGUGUCGGAGCAGGGGCAGCAGAUGAGCAGGCUCCAGUACAGUAAAGACCUUAGGAGACUGCUUCUGAGUAUCAACGUGACCAACACCCCAAGCAGGGAGCGGGCUGGGGAAGAUGCCCACGAGGCACUGCUCACCCUGGCAGUUCCUCCCGCCCUGUUGCUGUCCGCAGUGCGCCCUGCUGGAGCUUGCCAGGCCAACGAGACCAUCCUUUGUGAGCUAGGGAAUCCCUUCAAACAGAACCAGAGGAUGGAGCUGCUCAUCGCCUUUGAGGUCAUUGGGGUGACCCUGCACACGAGGGAACUCCAGGCGCAGCUGCAGCUCUCCACGUCAAGUCACCAGGACAACCUGUGGCCUAUGACCCUGACUCUGCUGGUGGACUACACGCUCCAGGCCUCACUCAGCAUGGUGAGUCACCGGCUACAAAGCUACUUUGGCGGAACAGUGAUGGGCGAGUCUGGCAUGAAAACUGUGGAGGAUGUGGGAAGCCCUCUCAAGUAUGAGUUCCAGGUGGGCCCAAUGGGAGAUGGGCUGGCAUCCCUGGGGACCCUGGUCCUAGGGCUGGAGUGGCCCUAUGAAGUCACCAAUGGCAAGUGGCUGCUGUACCCCACGGAGAUCACCGUCCAAGGCAAUGGGUCCUGGCCCUGCCGACCACCAGGAGACCUUAUUAACCCUCUCAACCUCACUCUCUCUGUCCCUGGGGACAGACGGUCAUCUCCACAGCGCAGGCGGCGACAGCUGGACCCAGGGGGAGGCCAGGGCCCCCCACCUGUUACUCUGGCUGCUGCCAAAAAAGCCAAGUCUGAGACCCAGUUGAGCUGCGGCAGUGUCCACGCCCGCUGCGUGUGGCUGGAGUGCCCCAUUCCCGAUGCCCCCGUCAUCACCAACGUGACCGUGCAGGCUCGAGUGUGGAACAGCACCUUCAUUGAGGAUUACAGAGACUUUGACCGAGUCAGGGUAGCCAGCUGGGCCACCCUGUUCCUCCGAACCAGCAUCCCCACCAUCAACAUGGAGAACAGGACCGUGCCGUUCUCGGUGGACAUUGACUCUGAGCUGGUGGAGGAGCUGCCAGCUGAGAUCGAGCUGUGGCUGGUGCUUGUGUCUGUGGGUGCCGGGCUGCUGCUGCUGGGGGUCAUCAUCCUCCUGCUGUGGAAGUGCGGCUUCUUCAAGCGAGCCCGCACUCGUGCUCUGUAUGAAGCUAAGAGGCAGAAGGCGGAGAUGAAGAGCCAGCCGUCAGAGACAGAGAGGCUGACCGAAGACUACUGAGGGGGGCAGCCCCUGCCCCCAUCCCACCUGGUGUGACUUCUUCAAGCGGACCCGCUAUUACCAGAUCAUGCCCAAGUACCAUGCGGUGCGGAUCCGGGAGGAGGAACGCUACCCACCUCCAGGGGGGACCCUGCCCCCCAAGAAGCACUGGGUGACCAGCUGGCAGACAUGGGAUCAAUACUACUGAUGUCCUCCCAGAUCCCACCCCUGCGCCCCCAGUGUCCCCGUCUCCUGUUUAUCAUAAGUUAUGCCCCGACAGCCCACAGGGGCCACUGCCUUUGGCUGGCACCGGUAGGUUCCGGCAUACACACCUCUGAGUACUUGCACACGCCCCCUGGUCACGGGCUCCCCCUGCAGGAGGGCUGGGGCCGUGGCCCUCGCUAUGCCGAGCACGCCACAGCCCUGUGUGCUGGACACGUGUGGACAAAGGUGGGUCCCAGUCUUUGUGGACUGCACUUGUGCACCACAGAUGGUGUGUGGACAUGCGUGUCCCCACCGUCACCUAUGCCAAAACCAAGCCAAAGGGCCUCUGCCAGAGCCAGGAGGAAAAGGCCUCCAAAGUGGUGACACCUCCCCCAUUUACACUGGCCCUGUCUUGAGCCACAGUCACUGGAUGGACUCUGCUCUCAGGAUGAAACUACUGACAUGGAAGAGCCCUCGGGCCUCCAGCUGCAAUUCCCAGCACCCAUGCUGGAGGACAGGGGUAGGGGUCCGCCCGAGUUUUCUCAGGACCUGACCUGCUCAGACUCGAAGGCGGAAUGAACUACAGAGAAGGUCCCCAGGGCGACUUCGUGUCACGGAUGGCUGUGAAGCCUCUGUCCUCAGCCACAGCGCGCACUGGUGGGGAAUGCAGCCUAAAGGAACAAAGAGGGACAAACCGCGAGACAGCCGGGACAUGCCGCCCUGGGACCACUUUGGGAGCACAGUGGAACCCUCAGCAGAGGAGGGGGCUGGUCCUGGGCCAAGGAGAUGCUGGAAGGAUCCAGAGGAACUAGCACUGCUCACCUACCACUAUUGUCCUGGCCUCUGUAGGGCCUGCAGAGACCCCCAGGAGGUCACAGAGGGAGCGACACUUGAAUGUAGGACGGGGAGGGAGCCCUGUCCCUGUCCUGUUGGCCAAACUCCACUCUUUCCCCACCGACCAUGGGUUAGAAGCCUGGAAGUGGGAUUCUUGGCUGUCCUUGGCUUUCAUCACCAACUGGCUCUGCCUUCUCCCCAAUGGGAAGGGCCCUGAGGCCCAUUUUAGAAGCUGAAGCUGGUUCCAGAAACCCUCUCCUGCCCGCUGCCUGCCGGCGGGCCUCCUACCCCCUCCACGGUACUGUAGCAGGGGAGCUCCCUCCCCCUCCUCGUGCCUUUGUAUAUAGGCUUCUCACAUGGACCAAUAAACAGCUCCCGGUUUGUACACA